AUAGGAUGUUGCUUCCCACAUCCCUGCAUAUUGACUUCACACCCUUCAACCUCAGCUUGAGUCAGUGCUCGCAAACUUGGCAAGUCAUUAGCCUUUGUGGUGAUUGUGAUGACGAUUUGCUUGAUGUUUGCUGUGUAACUCAUCCGGUUGCUCAAGUCAGACGCGUGCAACACACACAGGACAUAUAUCAUAUAUCUAUACUUUACAUAUACAGAUCAGUCAGUGGCUUCAAGGUUCAGUCGAGUCCGCCUGACGAGAUGCACAUGCUCAUUUUGCAACUUGUUCAACUUCUUCACACUCUUUUGGCCAGAAGUGACAUUUAUUUUCCUCCAAUGAAUUGAGUCGACCCAUCAGCGGAAUGCUAAACACCCACCGCAAAAGAUUCGUCGAGUCAGCUGAGAUUCAAUGUUCGACCAUCCAGUCCGAAGGCCUCGAUGGAAAGCUCAGAUGGUUCGGAUCCCACAGAGCAUCGUGAAAUGUCAGGGCAGCCCUCUCAUAAUGCCUUGCCUGAAGACAUUUCAGCUCUCCUGAAGAUGCUGGAAGACAAAGAUUCAUUCGCUCGCAAACAAGCUUGUAAAGCUUUGGGGAACCUUCCUCCUGACGAGUUGGCCAAGCAUUCAUCGGAUUUGCUAAAUCUUAAGAUCCCCUUAGACGAAGACUUUUCAGUCCGCUGGGCAGUUUGCUUUGUUUUUUGCAAGCUUCCUCCUGACGAGUUGGCCAGGUGUUCCAAAGGUCUGCUGAAGAUGCUGAAAGACAAGGAUGCAUCGGUUCGCUGGGCAGUUAGUUGUGUUUUGGGCAAGCUUACUGCUGACGAGUUGGCCAAGCAUUCAUCAGCUCUGUUGAAGAUGCUGGAAGACAAAGAUUCAUUGGUUCGUAGUGCAGCUUGUGAAGCUUUGGGCAAGCUUCCUCCUGACGAGUUGGCCACGCAUUCAUCUGCUCUGCUGAAGAUGCUCGAAGACAAAGAUUCGUUGGUCCGUACUGCAGCUCAGGAUGCCCUGCGCAAGGUUUCCGCUUGCGAAUUGGCCAGUCGUACCUCAGAUGUGCUGAAGAUGCUGAAUUGCUCAGAUGAAACACUUCAAUCGAUAGCUCGUGACUCGUUAGAACAGUUUUCUCCUGGUGACGUGGCCAAGCAUUCGUCAGAGCUGCAGAAGGUGCUUGAGAUCGCUGACAGUCCUGUUCCCGUGGUAAAGACUGUGUGUGAAAAAUUGGGCGAGCUCUCGCCUGAGGACUUGGCCAACGCAGCAGACCUGCCUCAGAAGCUCAAAAUGCAUGAUUCAGAUGCUUCGACUCAACUUCGCGAGAUGUGUGCAGAUUCAGUCAAGAUGAUGAGUGUGGAAGCAAAGGUAGACAAUGACUGCGGUGUUUUGGUGCUGGCAUCAGAGCAAAGCCCGCAGGUGGAAAUUGCCAAACACCUGGAUAAAGAAGUUCCGGACACAUAUGGUGUCCAGCUUCCGAAGGCCCAGACGCUCUGCAGCAAUGUCUUCAAAGUGACGCAAGAUGCGUUGCUGGACAAGCCUACAGUGUCUACAUUGCUUAUUCCCAUUGAAGCUGGUGCAAACGUAGCAUUUUGCUCGAACACCGACAGUCCGUCGAGGAGUCACUGGAAAGAAAUACCAGCAACUUUUUCGGAGCGCUAUAUGGAAGUGCGAUUGUCAUCGAGCAGCGUGCAGUCGGAAAAAUCGCAAAAUUCCCUCUAUGUUUUUGCCGGUGUCCGCACAGAGCCUUGUGCAGAGCGUGCUGUACAGUGUUAUAGAUGGCUUUGCUCCUCGUUGGCUCCUUCCAUUCAAAGAACUAUUUCUGAGUUUGCAGGUGCUGGAAGUGGCAAUCGACGGCACUUGUUACUCUCAGCCAACUUCAAAAGUGAAGAGUUCAUGAACUCCUUGAAGACUAUCAAAGCUUCUCUUAAGGACAGAGGUGUGCCAACAGAAGUGGCUGUGGGCGGCGUAGGCCCUGGGCAGAUCUUCAUGCCGUUCAUGCAGACGAUGAAAAAGCUUCACGAAGCCAAAAUGAUGGUGGCUUUCUGCACGGAGUACUAUGGAGCCAAAACCGCUGGUUAUGGGACAUUUCAAGAGCUGAAAUACGCCUGCGACAAAAAACUGCCAAUCAUCUCUGUGCAGUAUGGCAACAUGUAUCCGCCGCAGCCUCCCAAUUCCAAGGAAGGGCGCAUUCAAAAUGAGUAUGUCUUCUCACUUCCAACCAUUCUUCGCCGCAUCAACAGUUGGAAAGACGAAAUUGAACAACCUGCUGAACACAUAGCAGAUGAACUUGCAAAGGCCUGGCGUUAUUACAAUGGUUUGCCUGACACUGAAUAAUGAUUUCAAUAAUUUUCAACAUUUUAAUGUACGGAGGCCGAAGCCAAAGGCUUCAA